AUAGGAGGGUUGUAUAUGACGUCACAUCCGCCUUUUCUUCUUCGCAGCUUUAAUUCACACGAUGGUCAAGCAGUUAGAGCGUAUCAUUAAAAGAUCCGUUUGCUUUUCAACAUUAAAGUCAGGUUUUCCGUUAUUAGGAGGGUAGCAUAUUAUAUUUGUCGUUGUUGUGGUUUGUGUCACGUUACAUUAUAAGCCUAGGAACCAUUGUUUAGAUCUGAGUUGUCCUAGGGACGUAUUAUAGUGUUGCUUUCAUUCGCUGUUGAACUUCAAAGAAGUAAGAAGUGCAAGAAGAAGCUCCGGUGUUUGUUAAACUUAAACAUUUAAAAAGACUAUUUUCCCUUGCGAUUGUGCUGCCAGUGAGUUUGACUGUGUCCUUCGUGGAUCGGUGACUGGAGGAAAAUAAGCUCCCAACUUGAGUCAUCUUUAACUCCGGCGCAGGAUGGAAGCACGGUGGCGUCAUGGAGACUUAGCUGCUCGAGAGCCUCCAUCAAAGAAGAAAAAGGUUGAAGUUGGCAGCGCUCCAAUCGCGCUUAAAAUGAAAAUGUUAAAAGAGUUUGUAAAGGAGCGACUACAGAUGGCAGCUGAUGACAUAUCCAGACUGUUUGAAAGAACGAUAUUGUCGUACGAGAAGGAACUUUCUCCAACAAGAGAGCAGAAGGAGCGACAUCGACAACUAGAAGUUGUUGACAAGAUUCCUCUUGUAUUCCACUUUGAAGACAUCCAGCAGUCGAGUUGUCAUGGGGAAAAAUGUCACCCUCAGCUGCAGGGGUGGGGCACCACUUUGAAGCAGAAAGAUGUACAGCUUCCUUACAUUAAAGAGGAAGAGAAGGAGCCACUGCACCUUAAAGAAAAAGAAGAGGAGACAGAGUCCCCCCACACCAUAAAGGAAGAGGAGCCACAGUCCACCCACACUAAAGUAAAAAAGACCCCCCCCCCCAUAAAAGAGGAAGAGGAGGAGCCACUACCCCCUUAUAUUAAAGAGGAACAGGAGCUAUGGCUCACUCGGGAGGAAGAAUGUCUUUUAGGGCUGGAGGAGCCUGAUCUCACCAAGUUUUCAACUAGUAAGACUAGUUGUAAUCACAGGGAGGAUAUGAGCGGGGCAGAGCCACCACGACACAUGACAUCAGAAGCUGAUGGAGACCACUAUGGACAGCUUCCUUACAUUAAAGAGGAAGAGAAGGAGCCACUGCACCUCAUAGAAAAAGAAGUGGAGACAAAGUCCCCCCACACCAUAAAGGAAGAGGAGCCACAGUCCACCCACACUAAAGUAAAAAAGACCCCGUGUCCCCACAUAAAAGAGGAAGAGGAGGAGCCACUGCCCCCUUUUAUUAAAGAGGAACAGGAGAAGCUAUGUCUCACUCAGGAGGAAGAGUGUCUUUUAGGGCUGGAGGAGGCUGAUCUCACCAAGUUUUCAACGAGUAAGACUAGUUGUAAUCACAGGGAGGAUAUGAGCGGGGCAGAGCCACCACAACACAUGACAUCAGAAGCUGAUGGAGACCACUGUGGAGGAUCAAAAGCCGAAAACAUAUUAGCUCCACUAUCAGACUGUGACGGCCCAAUAUCACACUCUUUUGAGGAUGAAAACGGGGACGGCACCCAAGAAGCUUUGAGCAGCAAUACAGACGGUGAAAGUGAUAAGAAGACCCGCACUGACAAAGAACACUCUGAAUGCUCAAAAAAGACUAAAGGAACCCCCUUUAGUUGCUUAGUCUGUGGUCAAAUAUUUCCUGACAAAACGCAAGUGAAAAGACACAUGAGAACACAUACUGGAGAAAAUCCCUCCAGUUGCUCAGUCUGCGGUAAAGGAUUUUCUGAGAAAAAGCAUGCACGAAGACACAUGAAAACGCACACUGGAGAAAAACAUUUUAGGUGCUCAGUUUGUUUUAAAAGUUUCAAUCAAAAACACUAUCUCCAAUCACACAUGAGAACACACACCGGAGAAAAACCCUUUAGUUGCUCAGUCUGCGGUAAAGGAUUUCCUGAGAAAAUUAAUGUACCAAGACACAUGAAAACGCACACUGGAGAAAAACCUUUUAAGUGCUCAGUUUGUUUUAAAAGUUUUAUUCAAAAACACCAUCUCCAAUCACACAUGAGAACACACACUGGAGAAAACCCCUUUAGUUGCUCAGUCUGCGGUAAAGGAUUUCCUGAGAAAAUUAAUGUACAAAGACACAUGAAAACGCACACUGGAUAAAAACCCUUUUGUUUCUCAGUUUGUUGUAAAAGUUUCUCUUACAUAAAUAAUAUGAAAUCACACAUGAGAACACACACACGAGGGGAGAAAGUUUUAGUUGCUUGGUUUGUGCUACAAGAUUUCCUGUGAUCCUUUUUGAAAAUAAGCAUGAGGGUCUACUUUUUGUUUUACCUGACUUCCAUGCAGGCUGUGUGGAUGCCCCAUUAGAAAAUAAAUGUUCUACUGGUGUUUUAAGAUGAUAUACUGAAGAGAUAUGUUGCCAACGGCUGUAUUUAAAUGUGGAUAUUGAAAGCAACACUUGUUUCUCAUCCGUCUGUUAAGGUGUGAAUAUUGUUUUCCAAAUGUUGUAUUUAUUCGUACAGUGCAAAUCAACAUGUUUUUUUUCUUAUUUUGUUUUCUAUGAACAAUGCAAAUCUUGCUGUUAAGAGUUUUUCUUUAUCUUGAUACGGAAUAAAUAUUUGUUGAGUGUA